UCAAGCAGUGGUCAGUUGUGCCAAGAAUUGCAUUCCGCAGGUUCAUCCCCGAAAGAUGGACAGCAGAGAGUCCCCACACCUCCUGAAGCAAUGAGAACACUUGUAAGUAGCAGGAUUGUGGAAACAAAUAGUGACUAUGACAUUUCAGUCAAGCAAGAGAACUCUCUGUCUUCAGGGAUUCCUUCUGCCGAGAAACAAGAGACAGAUGCUGCAAGCAAUACCUCUAAAAGUCAAAUUUCAGAGAGAAUUAACCAUGAUGAAGAUCAACAUAGGCCUAAAAGGAAACUGAUAGAAGAAGAUCUCAAUAUUAGCAUAGAGGCAACGCUUCAAGAAGGCCCAUCUGUAACAAUCAUAAACUGUCAGCAAACCAAUGAUAAAAGAGUUCAGCAUAUAGAUGUUUCAAAUGCAGUUUUGAAGGCUUCCACAGAUAGUUAUCAGAAAUUGCCUUGGGAUAAGGUCAAUGGAAAAUUGGAAGAUGGAGAAAGUUCCAGCAAGAAGCUCAAGUCAGGUUUAACUGAUAUUUAUGGAAGUUGUAGUUCAGGAGGUAGGGAAUCUUCCAAUGGCAGUUUUAUGGCCCGUGCAAACCAUCCUGGUACCUUCUCUUCAGUUGAGGACCUUGGAACCAUGGAAAGAACCUUCUUUCCCGUUGAUUCGCAUAAGAAAAAUGACUCACAAUUGAUGCUCAACGGCAUGCCACUGGAGGGGUCUUGUGAGUAUGAGGGUCAAUUUCAAGUUGGGAUUCCAAAUCUAGAGCUUGCUUUGGGGGGCAAAAUAAAACCACAGCCACUGCCAGUUCCAGCGCCGCCCCAUAAGGGUAUGUUCCCUUUUCUCGUCGGAGCUGUAGACAAGAAAAAUAACCAGAAAAAACCACCUGAAGUAGUUGGGGAUGAGCAAGAGGGCGACAACAGUGUUGCUGCAUCUCUUUCGCUGUCUCUAUCAUUCCCAUCAUCAAAUAAGGAACCUGUCAAACCUGCUCCAAAAGCUGAACAUUCGACUGAUGGGCAUCAUGUGAAUACUCCGUUUCUCCUUUUUGGGAGAUACACAGACAAAUAAAAUCUACCUAGUAUAUCUCUAAUCUUGUACAUUAUCUGUUCCAUAUGCCUUUGAUAAAAGCUAUAGCCUAUCAUGUAGGACCCCUUAAUCCACCUUCAUGAGCCUCUAGAGUGAAUAAAUGUGUUUUCUUCCCUCCUUUACUCCUUAGUUAAAUACAUGUUUUUGGUAUUAUCUUUUUGGUUCAAAAACACAGUUACGGCUGUUUGUAUAUAUAGUGAGAAAAUCAGCCGGCAUAACUUCGGAAAUAUCAAUAGGAGCUUGCGGAUGACUUUCUUUUUAAAUGACAAGGUUUCCUUUGUUCCUGACUUCA